CUCCAUUGUUACAUUGUAACAAGCGGGGCCGGGGCGAACCGGGGUGGAGAGGGAAAAAGCGUCUUCUCGUUAGAAAACCUCCAACAAUCUGACACCAAACGAAACAAACCAAUCCGCGUCUUUUUUUUCCUCCUGUCUUGUUUUAUUUAAAAAGCGAGAAGACAGCGAAGUGAGCCCAGCCGACCGAACCCGGUCCCGGUGAGGAAACAGAAAGGGGGGUAAAAAAAAAAAAAGAAAAGGAAAAGAGAAAAGAAAGAAAAAAGCGAUAAACGAGCACAAAUGUCAUGUCAGCGGAUUUCUCCAUUGUAAUAAUUUUCAGCCUCAUAUUAGGAAGAUAGCACAUCCGGCUGUGUGGGUUGUUCAUGCUGCACCGAAAAAUGUUGGGAAAUAACCCAAUGACGCCCCUCUUUCUUCCUUUUUUCCUCUCGGCUGUCCUUUAAACACAGAGGUAUGCCACAUUUAAAUAAAAGCAGUCGCUCCUGUCAGGCAACUGUAAUCUUUCGGCGUGCAGAACAAUGAGCUUGCAGCCCAUGUAACCUCAUACAGCUAGCAAGAGACAGAGAAGUAUUGCAAAUUGACAAUCAGCCAGAUCACUUUGUUGCAGGGAUAUCGGUUGUUUUUUUGGGGGGUGGGGGGGUUUGCACAUAAAAAGCGUCUCACUGCGCGAUAAAAGAUUGAUGUGCAGCUCGGAUUGGGAAGAAAGACGACCUCCGAGGCGGUUGGAUUAAGGAUCCCUCUUUCUGCCCCAGAUAGCAGGUUUCCAUGGAGGCAGGUCCGUCCCUAAGCCUCAAACGAAGAUAUGAAGAGGUGGACAGCGGCUCUCUGUUCUCUACACCUAAGGACUCGGACGAUGACAUCUCCAGCAGCGACAGCGCAGACAGCUGCGACAGCCUCAACCCGCCUUCCAGCACCCCGUUCACUCCCACCUCCAUCCUCAGACAGCACAAGCCGUCGCCGGGGGGGAAGCGGGUUCGCUUCGAUGUGGUGACGGUGUACUACUUCCCCCGGCGGCAGGGCUUCACCAGCGUGCCCAGCCAGGGGGGCAGCUCCCUGGGCAUGGCGCGGCACCACUCCUCCAUCAGACACUACACGCUGGGCGAGUUCGCACGCGAGCAGGAGAGCAGCCACAGACACACGCUGCGCCAGCACCUGCGUCAGGAGAAGCUCAACGCUCGCAAGAUGAAGCUGACGAGGAACGGCACGGUGGAGUGCGCUCAGGCGGACCUGCUGACUCUGGAGGACGUCUCCGACGAGGACCUCGACGUGGACGCCGUGGAGGUGGACGACUGUUUCUUCCUCCAGCCUCUGCCGACGAAGCGCCGCCGCGCCCUGCUGCGAGCCUCCGGCAUCGCGCGCAUCGACGCGCGGGAGAAAACCGAACUGAGAGCCAUCCGCCUCUCCAGGGAGGAAUGUGGCUGUGACUGCCGCCUGUUCUGCGACCCUCGCCACUGUGGCUGCAGCCAGGCCGGCAUUAAGUGCCAGGUGGAUCGCAUGUCUUUUCCAUGCGGCUGCUCCAGGGACGGCUGCGGCAACGCUGCGGGUCGCAUCGAGUUCAACCCCCUGCGUGUCCGAACACACUACCUGCACACCAUCAUGAAGCUGGACGUGGAGAAGAGGCGGAUGCCGAUCGCGGGACCCGGGGAGCCGUACACUGAGUCCGACCCCUUGUCUUCGCCCUCCUCCACUUGCCCCACGUCCCCGACCUUGUCCUCCGGCAUCGGCCUGGACUCGGAGCUGGAGGAGAGCGAGGUGCAGUCGGUGGAAGAGGUCCACGAUCUCCUGGUGGAGCAGAAUAUCCUGGAGCGGGAAAACGAGACGGCCGUGCUGCACCUGCAGAGCGCCGAGGAGCAGGAGAGGCGGGAGAGGGAGGAGGCGGUGCGGCAGGAGCUGAGCUCUGCUGGGGUGGCGGGGUCACACCCUCUCUGCCUCCUGCCUGAGCAAGAAGGAGAAGAAGAAGCAGCAGCUCCGGGUGUUGAUCAGAUCCUCCUGCAGGGACCUUUUCCGACAGGCGCUACCGUCUUGUGCAUCUCUGACUCCCAGGAGGAGAGUCCGUCGGAGCUCCUCAAAGACUCUCUGCUCUACUAUCAGCUCAGCACCAUCGAGCCCGGCGCCUUCGAGACGCUGCCCGCGGCUGAGGAAGAGGAUGGGCCUUCGCAGAGCGCAGGUGGAACUGAGCUCACAGAGAAGAAGCAGGAAGCAGUUGGAGAUUUCCAAGGGGACGCGCGUCACGUCAACGCCAGCAGACAGAUUGUGGGCAACAGUUUGACCAACAUGAACUUGUGCACAGAUGUGGAGGAGGAGGAGGCGGAGAAGAGUCCCUCAAGUCCGGAUAACAACGUCCCGAAAGAGCAGAACCAGGAGGAAUCCGGCUCGGAGAAAGAAGCAGAUCCACUGCCUCCUGAAGUUUAGCAUUAGCGUCUUUGCAGAUAUUUUGCACAAUAGCUUCAUCUAAGAUGAGUAAAUACUACAUAUUCCACAUUUAUCACUGCUAUCCGCAACAUCUACAGGUGUCUUAGGCUACGUUCACACUGCAGCCCCAAGCAGAGGCGCAGAAAAAAACGAUUCUAUCCAGAAUCGCGAUUCACAGCUUUGGAAAUCGAUUUUGAGUUGCAUCGCAUUACGUGUCCUCUCAGCCACCUAAUGUGUUUUUAAUAAUCCUCUGAUAUUUUUCUUAUUUAAAAAAAGCCAGGCAGCUAAGCUAACCUAAUACUGGUAAUUUAAGUUACAUAAUUUUAUGCACAGACUUAUUUUUAUUUAAAUAUAAACUGAUGAAACUUGAUAGAGUAUGGGAUUGUUGAAAAUGAAUGUUUUACUUGUUUACACGCUUUUCUUCUCAUCAGUCACGUAAUUUAAGCAGGAUCUCUAGAAUAUUUAAACAGGAAAAAUUAGUUUCUGAAUCAAAAAUCGAAUUGGAAUUGAAUUGAGACCUUGAAAGAUUUACAUCUCUAGCUUGAAGUUUCUCAAAUCUGAUUUUUUUGCCCUUCUGAUCGAUCCAAUUUUUACACUUGGAUAUGUCUUCCUAAAUCUGGUACAUAUCUAAUCUUUUCAAAUGUGACCUGCGUAUAAUUGAUACUCAAUUGAUAUUUCGAAGCAGGAAGAAAAACAACAGCAUGGCGAAAGAUAAAGCAGAGAGUAAUCCAUAAAGAGAAAGUUAGAAAGCUGGACAAUUUCACCAUUCAUGUUGACUUUUGCAAACAUUAUCUGCACUUUCAUUACAAAUGUGCGUAAAACUUUGUUGAUGUUUCGCUAAACAACACAAUUUCACAAUUGUUUCAUUGUGUUUUCAUUAAAUAAGAAAUACAGUUAAAAUCACUCAAUAAGUCGUUAAAAAACAUAAUCCUCGUUCCACUUCCUGUUGUCUUCUUUGUCGUUUCUGCCAGUAGUAAAACAUGUUUCCUUUGCAAUUUUGCGAAAUACUCCAACUUUGAUGUGGCUGAAAAUCCACCUCAUCCAAGAACAAAAACUACUUUAUCAAAAAAUGUGAGUUUUUUUCUAAAUUGGCGUGUUUAUACUUGGCAAAUUUACUUUCAUAAUUCCAGUUUAAGCAGUUUUCAGAUAAAUGGCAAUGGCUCGCUGCUGCGCAGUAUUACCAUCGCAUCCGGAUUCAGUUACAACUCGUAACUGAAUUUACAUACACUAAUUUUGAUGCAGCCAAAAAAACUACUUCAUCUUAGCACAAAAAGUUUUUCUUUUUGAGUUGUUUACUAAAUUAUUAAUUUUAGGUAAACAUAAAUGCAACUAGUGAGCGCGCUCACUGCUUCAUUACUGCGUCCUCUACUGCGCACGCCGCACACUGGUCGUUUUUAGUUCGCGCAGGAAAUCGCAUACAAGUUGCAUGUACUUGGAAAUGUGAACAACCACAACAGCAACAAAAUGUCAUUAAAAAACCUGAUUUGAGCAUUAAGGCCUGCAGUGUGAACGUAGCUUCCUAGUGAGUAACAUUAAGUUUUUAAGAGCAUCAGAAAACAGGAGCAGAGAUGCUGGAAGCACAUUAAGAUCACUCCCAGGGCGUAGCGCGAGAAUGCAGAAGUCAACCUUCGAGGGGAUUCUGCUGGGGGUGAUGAAUGCGGCCUUAUUUGGAAACCAUUAACUCGGCUCCAGAAACACAGAGUGCAAACGCUGACUGAAGCCUUUUUGUUCGCUUGAUGUAUGAAGCUAUCAACGCUGAACACAAACUGCUAAUCGUGUGCAAGAUGCCGGCGUACCUGCCGGCUCUUUUUCCGCCACCGCAAACCUGAUGCUGUAGUCGAGCCAAAUGAAGGCGUCCGAUCGCUCCCUCUGCUAACUACACCGAAUGAUCCUGGAAAUACUUGUUUUCUCUUUUGCGUGCUGUACACGCAGCAUUCGCGACAUGCUGGAGAGCUGCUGUUUUCUUUGGUCUGUGUGCACAUUGUGAAGUGAAAGCAGCACCAGCUCCGCCGCUCGGAGAUAUGAAGGAAGAACCAAGGCGGCAGCGGAUCAGCACUGGCCUUAGUUGUUACUAUCGCUUACUUUCGGACUGCCGGCACAAUUGCAGUCAAAGGGACGAGAAGAAAAGGUCACUUAUAGCUAAUUUACUUCUUGAAUUAAUGUGUCUUUUGUGAAUUAGAUGCUGUUCAGUCCUUGCAGUCUGUUUGGGAAUGAAAGGAAGCGGUUUUUCUUUCACAGUGCCACAUUGUUACUCCAUAAUCAGUCAUAUGUUGUGAUAAAAUGCCAGAACAGAACUUCUUAGUCGAUUCAAUGCUUGUUUUUUGUGUAAAGAAGCGCUGAUUAUAAAUCGAGCCAAAUUAGAGUGCCUUGGAAACUAAUUUGUUCCUCUGGAACCUUGAAAAAAAACAAACAAAAAAAAAACAAUUCACGUUACAACCACAAAUUUAAGCAAAUUUUAUUGGGGUUUUGUGUGAUGGACUAACAGAUAUUAGCGCAUAUUUGCAAAAUUKAAGAAAAAAAAAAGAUGCGUAGGUUUUAGGAUUAUGUUUUACAGAUAUGAAUCUGAAAAGUGUGGAGUGCUUUUGUAUUUUCUGACUAAAAUUAGAACAAGCUCAGAUUGGAUGGAGAACACUUGCCACAGAUUUUCAGUAGGAAUAAAGUCUGGACUUUGACUAGGUCAUUCUAACACAUCAAUAUGCUGUAAAUGUAAGCAUUCAACUGAAUCACUGGUUGAAUAUUUAAGCCGCUGGAAAGUGAACCUCCAUCUUAAUCUCAAUUAUUUUGCAUCUGGAGAUGCAACAUAAUAUGUUAGUCGAGCUGCAAUUUAUGAUUAUUUUAAGAAUUGAUUAUUCUUGCAACUUCUGUGAUGAUUAGUCAAUUAAUCGCGUAAAGAAAAUUGACACAUUCUACAGAUUUUUUAUUUAAACACUUAAGUAGGGCUGUAACGGUUCGUCAAAUGAUUCGAGUACCGUGAUUGUUAACAUUUCUCAAGGCAAAUUAUCUGCCUCAAACUUCGUUAAAAUAUGUUCUAAUAUUUAGCACCAUGAUGAUUAAUUAUGUUGUGCAAUGCUCUGUUGUUGAUCAAUGCUAAGCGCUAUUAGCAUUAACAAAGGGUGAUCUGCUGUUUUCUUAUUUUUAUUACUAAAUUUAAUAUAAUUUGUAAUUUUUUUGUAAUUUUUUGCCCCACUUAACUUAAAAAGUGAGCUAUUAUUGUUACAGCUCAACAAAAAUAGCUCAGAAAAUCUACAGGAAAGUAAUUUAGAGAUGCAUGGAUAUGAAACGUUUGGCUAACAUUGAUGUCCGAUAUUAACGCCACUGUUAUGGCAGUAUUUACAAACAUUUAUUUUAUUUGUUAACAUUUUCUAUAUUUUAACACGAUUACUAAAAUUUACAACAGCCCUACACUUGAUACCUUUUUAUAUACAAUGUUAAAUAUGCAGCAAAGUAUGAAUAUAAGGAAAUCAAUCCAUAUUUAAAAUAAGAAAAUAAACAUUUUAUUGCCUCUGAGGCAAUAAAAGAGCAUUCCUUUUGUGAAUCUGAAACUUUGCCACUAUGGCUAAAACAUACUAGCAUCUUAAGGCGUUCUUAUCUUAAUUGUAAAUAUUUUUCAGUGCUCUAAAUAYGCAGUUUUUUCAGCAAACAGCCUUUUUUUGAGUCUAUAUACUCCAAUUAACGAUUAAUCGAUUACUAAAUAAGUUGACGAUAAUUUAAUUAAUUGUUUCAGAAGUCAUUAGUUGAUUUCUGACGCCAGUUGGUUGCACUGGAUUUUAUUUAGGGGUAUCAGUGUGAAUUCAAAAGCAUAUAACAUGGGAAAACAUGAAAAAGUUCAAGGGGCAUAAAUACGUUUACAGGGCACUUCGAAAAUAAAAAAACAAGCAUUUGAGUUAAUUGUCAUCUGCAACAUGUGCAGCUAAAAGUACUUACACCAAUCAAUGUGAUGUUAAUAAUUUAUGAAUCAGACUUACAGCUUGAUUUCGUGUGUGUGAAAUGUGUUUGUGUAUUAACCUACUUUACUGUCGUACGUCCAUGUCGGUGAGAAAGUUGCGUUUAAAUCUGUGUGCAUGCAUGCGUGGAUGUUAUCUAGACUGUAUUAGACCUGGAACUUUAGUAAGAAUGCGUAUUUUAAACCUAAAAGGUGCUGAUGUUAUAGAUUUACAACUUGUGAACCGGUAGGAGGAAUGAUUUCAUGGAGAUGUUUCUCGCUGAUUGAUCCUGAACUAAAAGUACUGGAAAGCCUCCUGUAGAAAUGCAAUAGCUCCCGUACUGCAAAUUUUAAAUGUGCUGACGGUAAGAUGAGGCGUUUUUUUUUUUGUUGUCACCAAGUGUGUAAACGCAGUCGUGUAACUUUAUUUUUAUUUUUUAUUUUUUGGGGGGGGGGUUCUUUUCUUUAAGCUCUGUCUGAAGAACACGGAGCUGCGGAAGUAAGCCGGCAGCUCUUACACAAAAUCAGUCCUUUGUUCUGGUGCCUGAAAUUCCCACAGUUGCUUUGGGCAACGGCUCGCCUAACACAGGAUGUGCUGCUGUGUAUAAGUUGUCUGAUGUGUUUCUUUAGCCUUUUGUAUUGUCUUUAUAUAAUCCUGUACAAGAGCUGCAACAAGGCAGUGGUUUCAGACCUAAUUAAACGAUGCCGUCAUCCAUCAGUCUUUUAACAAAGCAAUCUCUUGUAGUUGUUGUGAAGCUGCAGAUUUAUUGUGGCUCUUCUGUGCUCGCGCGACUUGCCUUGACAUAAUACCAUGUUUGAAGUAAUGAUGAUUGCAGGCUGAGUAUUGUUGAGCUUUUGUCUUUGGCUUUCUGCUAAUAGAUUUAGGUUUGGGACCACUGUACCAAAUUAACUCUAGCGCUCUCUGUGUUUGUGUGUUUUAACUGUAUGAAAGGGGAGAGCGAUUGUUGAGAAGACUGAUGACUUCACCUAAAAGCUGUGAGAACGGGACUCUCAUGCUACUUGUUGCCUAAAGUGGAAAGACAAAAGUUUUUAUACAAAAAUAAAAACAAUAAAGUACUUCAUUCAGGAA